UUUUUUAAUAGGUGGCAGCACAAGUCCUUUAAAAACUUCAUCGUCCACAUUCCAACACUUGUCAGUUUAUCAAACUGCAAGAUUUUGGUAUUCUCCAUUCUUGCGAUAAAUUUGUGAAAUUAUUCAGAAAUCUUUAGUGUAUCAUAAGGUAAAAUAUAAUCGUAAAUUAAGGAUAUACGUUUAGAAUGGCCAGUCGCGAAGGGGGUAAGAAAAAGCCUCUGAAAGCACCUAGAAAGGAACAGAAAGUUUUGGACGACGAAGACGUAGCAUUCAAACAAAAGCAGAAGGAACAGCAAAAAGCACUGGCCGAAGCUGCGAAGAAAGCGAGUCAAAGGGGACCUCUCGUUACAGGCGGUAUAAAAAAAUCUGGAAAAAAAUGAUCCACACAAGACUGAAGAAACUAUCGAUCUUCGUGCACACCGUGUUCUUAUCAAGGCAUGAUUUUGAUAUUAUCGAUUAGUGUACCAUCCGAAAUAUUUUCGGACCCCUACUCUGCUAAAUGGUUAACAUUUGUAAAUAAAACGUUUAUGGAUUAAAUCACAGCAAUAUACGUAAUUUACAAACA